CCCAAAAGGCGAGGUGUUAUUGUCGAUCAGCGAAGUAGCGGAAAUUUCGAAAAUCGGACUUUCGAAAUUAUACAUUUAAAUCUUAUAUAUAAAAGUGUAGAAGCAUAUAUAGACACUAAAAUGUAUAUGAAGUACGUGACCUUCUGUCGUUGGUUCGCCGUUUUGGUAUUGUUGCAGACCUUCAUGCCACCGGGGGCAGAAAGUAAGCCUAUGCCUGGAAAGAAAACAAAUAUGGCGCUCAGCGCCUUAGCUGGCAUGACAGCGGGACAUUUGAUAGGACGCGCCGUCGCCGCUCAUCGUGAGAAAAAGGAAAAACUAGAUAUGAGCGAACAUUUGCCACCAAAUUGUAGAAAAGAGAUUAGAACUGAACGGGAUAAACAAGACUGGAAUAAAUUCAUUGAAACUAAAUACAUUGUAUGCGAUCCCCUUCCAUAUCAACAACCGCAACAGACGCAACAACAACAAAUGCUUAUUGUUCAGCCAUCGGUGGUAGGUCCAGCUCAACCGGUCGCGCCAGCUGUUCAACAAGUGCAACCAGCGUCUAUUCCGCAGCCAAAUCAGCAGCAACCAGCAGGCUUCCAACAAUCCGUUGUGGCUAGUCAGCCAAUUGGAUUUGUCCAACCUCCUCAGCAAGCUACUCAACCGCCAGCUCAAGCCCCUCAAACUGUCCAAGAAGUGCAACAACCUCCACAAGUUGAACCCUCACAGCCAGUUCAACCAGUCCAAACUGUACAAAUAAAUGUUCCGCAGCCAAAUCAGCAGCCACCAGCAGGCUUCCAACAAUCCGUUGAGGCUGGUCAGCCAAUUGGAUUUGUCCAACCUCCUCAGCAAGCUGCUCAACCGCCAGCUCAAGCCCCUCAAACUGGCCAGGUAGUGCAACAACCUCAACAAGUCCAACCCCCACAGCCAGUUCAACCAGUCCAAACUGUACAAAUACCUCAAACUGUCCAAACGGGCCCACAACCAAUGCAACCGGUUCAAGUUUUUCAACAGGCUCAACCAGCCCAACCGGCUCAAGGCCCUUCGCAAGUAUUUGUUUUGUCAAAGAAAACAGGUUACUUUCGAAAGUCCUCUGCCGAAAAGAUAUUGCAAACCAAUUUUGUCCUGAUGAUGAUAAUGGCUUUUCUACUUAUUUGGUUCCAGUAGAUGCUGCUUUUAUUGUGUCCCAUUUCAACUUCGAGUGGUGUGCUUAACAUAUAGAACGAAGUUCGGAAGGUUUACUCUAACCUUGUGCAGUAUAUAAAAAUUCGUAUUAAUUAUAGAGAUGUUUGAAUAGUGUAAUAAAUAAUAUACGAUAUCAAAGUCGAACAAAA